AUGACAUCAGUGCUCAACACCAAUGCUUCACUGCCAUACAACCAUGACUUAUUUGAAAGCCUUAUUGUGAAGAAAAGAAUAAAGUGCGAGGCAUUGAAGGGGUCACUCCGUAUGUUCUGUUUACGCUUACAUUGCAUUCCAACGGCAUCCUUUCUCAACCAUUCACAGUCGCGUAGGGAUAUCUCAACGGCUUUUCAUCGGAUGGCACGAAGGCUGAACCUACGUUUAUCCGGUUACCCGUUGUGUUGGGCGAACUCGGGUACUUUUUUCGUCUCUUCCAAAGGAUCCACGGACUGCAAUGAAAGCCACAUGUCGUUAAAUAAUGCGACAAAAGGCUGA